CUGUGGCCGGAAGCAUUUCGUCCGUCAUUUUUGAUCUAUAGAUUUUACAAAUCUGUAAAUUGCAUUGAUAGUUUUGUGCGAUUAUUUAGUGAUUUCAUUGAAAUAUAAUUAUUUGUCGCUUAAAAAUCGUCUAGUUUCCGUAGUGUCGUCGAGAGCUACUAGAAAAAACAAUGUCUGGUGAACCCGAUGUAGCACACACACCAGAGGGUGAGGAGGAGGAGAUCAAGUCCACCUACAAACCUCCCCCGGAGAAGACCAUUGAGGAAAUCCUGGCGGCCGACCAGGAGGAUGAGUCCUUGCGGAAAUAUAAGGAGGCUCUGUUGGGGCAGGCGCAGACCGGAACUGUUGUUGUUGACGCCUCGGAUCCCCGUAAGGUCAUAGUGAAGAAGCUGGCGCUGUGCGUCGCGGGCAGGGACGACGUGGAACUAGACCUUUCUGGAGACCUCACUGACCUCAAGAAACAGGUGUUCGUGAUCAAGGAGGGCGUGCAAUACCGGAUAAGGAUCGACUUCAUCGUACAGCGUGAGAUCGUGCAUGGCCUGAAGUACGUGCAGAAGACGUAUCGGCUCGGAGUACCAGUGGACAAAAUGACCCACAUGGUCGGCUCGUACCCCCCAAAAACUGAGAUCCAAUCCUACACCACGCCGCCCGAAGACGCGCCUUCCGGCAUGAUGGCGCGAGGUUCAUACACCGUCAACAGUCUCUUCACGGACGAUGAUAAAAACGUGCAUCUCCAGUGGGAGUGGAGCUUCGAGAUCAAGAAGGACUGGAAGGACUAAGCUUGGUAAGAGACUGGAUUGAAGUGCCAUUGGUGAUUUUGAAAUGGGAUUACGGGAGAUACUGGUUCAGCUACAAAAAUUAUAUUUAUUUUCGUUUUUCUUUUUGGCCCGACCUUUACUCUAAAAGUCUAGCCCGCUUCAUAAACGUUUACUAAAGUUAACGAGCCGAUAAUAGUUUGUCCCUUUCCAUCAUACCGAUACGUCCGAAAGGGAGAAACAAUUAUUAUCCGCUUCUUACUUAUACUUUAGUAAACGUUUAUGAAUAAGGGGGUAAAUAAUCAUUCUCAGGUAGGUGGCUAGACGCUAGGGGCCACCCCUAUAGUUCGUUUUUUUAGCAUUAGAAAGAACUUGCAAGAAGGUAAACGAUCUUGACAUGUCUUUUAAUUAAAAAACGCUUUUUAAAAAUCAAAAACUAUUAAUUAUGAAAGCAGAAGAGUAUAAAUGAUCGUAUUAGAUUCAUAAUUGUUACAUAUUUGCCGUAACUUAUUUUUAAAAUGUGUUUUUCAAUUAAAAGACACAUCAAGAUUGUUUACCUAAUUUCUAAUGCUAAAAAAAACGAAGUAGGUAUAGUCAAGUCGAUAAUUCGUUGUACCUUUAAGAUGGUUAACGACUUUUUACUAAGUGAAUAUUUCCGUGUUUUGCGGUAAACCUAACAAUUACUUUGUUUUGUAAAGUAUGAUGUAAAGAGGAUUGGCUAAAACGAAAAACGAAAGACUACCAUUACACAAAGUAAUAAUGGUUUCGAUUCCUGUUACCUUGAUCUGAGUAUAUCAGUGAUGUAAUAGUAUUCUAGAAGUGUCAUGUAGUCAGGAGAGAAUUUUCUAUUAGUACCAUGUAAUUGUAAAAUCCUUGUAGAGUUAAUACUUGGAAAAAAGAUACCAAUUGUAAUUUAAAGUGCUUAUUUGAAUAUUCCUGUAUGGCACUUCUGUUGGCAUGUAAACGAAUGGAUUAUAAGAGUAUUUUGUCUAAAAUGUGUGACGGAAUUAUAUUUACACUCUUAGCGCCACUUGCACCAUCCCACUAACCCAGGAUUAACCGGUUAAACCGGUAAUCCAGUGUCAAAUUGUACUGGUAACCAUGGUAGCUCCAGGUUUAACCGGUUAACUCCCGGGUUAGUGAAUGGUGCAAGUGGCCCUUAGUUGUGUAUACUGUCUACUCUCCCGUUCUCCUUUAGGCCAAGAAAUUCCAUUUUGAAAUUAUACUCAGUAUAAUAUGUUAGACAUAUCUAAUAUAAGUUUCGUUCAUAUUACUUUCAAGUAAAUGCCCAAUUGGAUACUUAUUACAAUCCAGUACCCGACUCUUAGGCGGUCUUCACGCCGGAUGCUAUUUCGCACGCUAGUCCGGAGUGCGAGCGAGACAUCGCUAUGUACGCGCCUACCGCUGUCACACUCGUACACCGCGACGUGCGAAUUCGCCAGUGUGAUAACCGCAUUAGAUUUGUGUCGUUAAAGUUGGCUGACUGAAAUAUCAAAUAUCGACAAACUUAGUAUCUAAGAGUCACUAGGUAUAUCCAUAUUUGCUUUAUUUUCUACUUUAGAAAUUAAAUUUUUUAAAUUACAUUUGACCAAAGCGAAAGAAACUUGGAAAUUUUGUCAGGUUUGGUCAAAUCAACACUUAGUAUUAAUCCCUAUUGAAAACCAAAUAUCGUACCCUCACUAACCUAAAGUGUUUAAGAAAGCUUUGGAUUCGCUUAUACCUUUUUGAUAGUACCUUUAUACUUUUUCAAUAAUAAUAUACAAAAAAUAAAUAUGUAUGAUAUGACGUUUUCCCUAAUUCCUGUAGAUAAUACAUGAGCCUUAUUGAAAUCACUAUUAGUAUAUGUAAAAAGUAGACUACGAAGUAUCCUACAAUAUUUUUGUACCUAUUAGAUACAUUCAAAUACUCAUACCCUAGUAUUAGGAGUAAUAAAAUAUAUAAUUAGGGAUGUAACGAUACCGAUACCGAUACGAUAUAUCGGCCGAUAUAAUCGGCAGACCGAUAUAUCGGCAUCGCCGAUUUAAAUUCAGCCGAUAUUACAGUUUGAAAAGCGCGCGAGACGAAUGACGCUGCUAAUAAUUUGAAUACACUUUGUUUCCAUAACAAAUAACCCUCCUUUUGCGUUGCCGUAAUCGGGUAAAAACUACCUAAAGUGAACUAUAAUUACUGAUUUGGAUUUACUUUUGCAUUGAUUGCUUGGUGGUUACCUAAAUAAAUGUUUUCUUUGAUUUUGAUUUGGCAUUUUUCUUUUAUUAGUUUUACAGUUUUUCACACUUCACAAAAUCGAGUGUCUAUUAAUACAUAUGUAUGUUUUAUGCAUAAUAAGUAUAUAAUUCCUUACUUGUUAUAUCUAUUAGCUAACUACUGUGCCAUUGAUAUCGGUAUCUGUAUCGGUAUCGCCGAUUACUUACUUCAAAAAUCGGUAUCGGUAUCGUAUCGGUAAAAUCAUGUAUCGUUACAUCCCUAUAUAUAAUAUGCAAUGUAUUUACUUAUCGUUUAUUAAAAUACACUCGGCUAGUAAAUGGUAAUAAAAUCUAAGUGUGAUUACAAUAUAAAGUAUAGUUCGUAGCUUUCUAAUAGAGCCUGACGGCUAAUCCUAUUGUCUAUAGGCUACAUUCCUACUAGUCAAAUCAGCUUCUUUUUUAGAACUGUCAAAACGAUUUGCUAAUAUGGAAUUUAUAUGAAAACGAAUGUAGUGACGUCACGGUAAACUCACCUACUUUUUAUAGUUCAAUCCGAUUUAUUAAAUACAAAUUGUGUUUAAAAAUAGCUGCUAGUAUCUAUGUUUUUCCAAUAAUUAUCUGGUGCUUUAUUUCGUGCACGGUUUGAAAUAAUUUAUUUUAAGUACAGGAAACAUCCCUAUUGUUAAGUACCUAAAACCGCACGUGCUACUUACCUGCGAAAAGGGUCUUAAUUAUUCUAUUUGGCACCUGAACGCGGGCUAGUCCAACGCUCAAAAAACCAGUGUAGGUGCGAUCUCCGAUAACGCGCCUUUGUUACGCAUCUCGAUGACACAUUUUUGACCGGUUCUGUAGCGUACAGUCGCCAUCAGAUAUAUCGGAGCGGUCAAGGCACUCACAAAUAUCUGAACACGCCUCUAUUGUCAAGGCGUUAGAGUGCGUGUUCAGAUAUUGUGAACACCUCGGCCGCUCCGAUAUAUCUGAUGGCGACUGUACAACUCGCCGGUAUUCAAUUACCUGGGUAAAGUGAACGAACGAUUUUUUAUGCAGGUGGUUGUGGCGCGUGGCACGAGCGGUUUUACUUAACAAUAGACAAUAGGAUUAACCGUCGGGCUCUAUUAGAAAGCUACGAACUAUAAUAAUGAAAGAAAUCACUAUUAAUAACAGACAAGUAUGUUACUUUUUGCUAGCUGGGUCAUCACAAUAUGACUUUAAUUAUACUAUCAACAAGGGUCGGCAAACGCUUAAGUGGCUUCUGCCCAUGGUUGCUUAUGUCCAUGGGCGACGAUUACCGCUUCUCAUCAGGCGGCUCGUUUGCUGACUAUCACAUUAAAAAAAGUAUAUAUAAGUAUUUUAGAAUAAACAUAUUAUAUUAAUUUUAGUAGUCAGCCCACUCGCUAGCGACACAACAUGCUACCAACUAGCAUUCCUUUUAAAAAGCAUUUCAAGCCAAGCUGUAGGGCUUAUAUCGUCGGCUCUUUAUCAUUUGUCACCCUGUCACGUUCUAACAAGUAUGUAAGUGCGAAAGUGACGCAUGGCAUGACAUGUGAUAAAAAUGCGACCAAUACCGCUGGUCUGAUGGUACAGUCAGAGAAAUAAUGUCAAGACUGACGUAUGAGUGGAUAAACUAGGGGUGUGAGAACGUUAUUUUUUCGACUGUACUGCUAUACGGAAAGAGCGUAGUCUCAAAAGUUAUUGACGGUAUUAUACUAUAUAUUCGAUUAUCAGUGUUACUGUGUAAGCAAACAAACGCAAAAAAAAAUGUAUCCAUCUUGGACUGAACUAGAAACAAUUUAUACAGUGAAUUUUUUUUAAACAAGCAGAUACGUCUGCGAGCGAUAUUCCAAUUUUUUCCUGUUUUUCCUUUAACCGAUUCGGGGCUGAUGACACGCCUGCCGUGUUAUCAAUGUUUUUUACGUGUGGCGUAUGACACGGGAGGAGUGUUAUCAUAUUCUAUGGCGCAUGGCAUGGUUGCCGUGUCCUGAAAUUAUUGUUCCGCGCCACAGCCAAAAGUUUUCGAAAAUGGAACACUCAACGAAUCGGUUAAUAUAACAUUUUGAAUUUAUUCAGUGAACAACAUAAAUUGUAUCGUUUUUAUGCUUACACAGUUCACCAAAAACGUAGUAUUAAACGUGUAUUUUAAGAACAUUGGUGCACCAAAAAAGCUAUAUUUUAGUAAUUCACAGUGCUUCUACAAAACAGUGCCAGUUAAUGUUAAUCAUGGCAAUAAUUAUGAAAGUAUUAAUGUAUGGAAGGAGUUAAGAUAGACUAGGAAUCCUCUAGACGGAGCUUAGAGUAAAUUAUUCCAUGAAACCGAUGCUGCCAAAAAUACAGGGGGACGAGGUGAGCAAGUCCCGUGCCGUGAUUGGUCCGUUCAAAGACACGGGCGUCACACAAAGACACUUCACUCGAAAAUGGAGUAAAACUACCGUAUAUUUGUGGCAGAGGGGGUAGCGCUACUAUGAUCAGUCUGGAGGAUGUCUUGUCCUUGGGUUAAGAAUUAGUAACGAAACUAGCGUAUAGAUGAAGCAUUUUUGAGGCAUUACACCAUUUUUGGUCACCAUAAACAUCGUUUCUCUCUUAGUUGUGGAGUAGACUGCAGGAUUUCGUACAUCAAUAUACGCUAGUAUGUAUUAUUCUUAAAAGCGGGAGGUUUUCUUAAUAUUAGACCUUAAGUGUUUGCAAUAAAGUGUAUUUUCAAUUCUUAUUGGAGAGGCUGGUCACUCAAUAAUUUCUCAAUCUUUCGUAGCUUGAGAUGUACCUGUGACAGUAAGCUAUUCUCUUCUACAUUAGAAUAUCUUCAUAUUUAACGUUCGAGGCCCAGUUAAACUACUUUUUUACAUGCCAUUGCUAUGACUUAAAGAUUGCUCAGCUUUUUUUAAAGUUUACUAUAUAAUGUGAAUAAGUCUAAUAAUUUAGGUCUUCGAAAUGUUUGCGAUUUAUGCCAUUAUGCCUUUAUUCUGGACUUCGAGCUAAACAAAAUAUGAAAGAGGGUGCUCUACUGUAUAACUCUUCUGGUCUUUAAUGUACAAUAAAUUGUUCACCACUCAAAUUCGUGAUUUUUUACAAUUUACUUUAUAUCACAACAUAUAAUUUGGUAAAAAGUGAUAAGGAAGUAUAGCUUUAUUUUUAUUGGUAUCAUGGUAGAGUAAAUAGAUAUGGUUAUACCAGUGGCGUUCGUUUCAUAGUUAAACAGUAACUCAACUAUCGAUACGAAUUAAAUUAACAUUCAUUCAACCGCUCCGCGUCGGUUCCGCAUUUGGUCGGAGUAUCGACAGUGGGGAGACACUCCUCACUUCGGUCGAACUCGGCUCCGUUCGGCUCAGCAUUGCUCCGAGCACUUAUCAGGGUUGGUUGGACUUCCUUUUGCGUGCACGACCACAGAUAAGAUUAUCACUUGAAUUUUGACAACCCUAAAUAGCCGAAAGGGAUAGUGCCAUAUAUUAGAAAGGGAUAGCAUGAUUCGACCCUGAAACGCUGUCAAACUUCGGGUUUGUAGGAAGAAUAAUGGUAGUACUAUUAUUUAUUCCGUGGUAUCGAGAGCGGAUUGAACGCGAUACCGCGCUUCGGCAAUGUGACGUAGCUCAUAACGUUCUGUGCAUUACCAGUUGCGCGGUACUGCGCGCAAUCCGCGUCGUUUCCGCUACCGCGUCAAUGUGACGGAGCCUUUAUAGCCAACUCGGUAUAGUGCGUAGUUUUGUAACAGAGCCCGGCGCGGCGGCUAAUCCUAUUGUCUAUUGUUAAGUAAAACCGCACGUGCUACUUACCUGCAAAAAAGGGUCAUACUCAUUCUAUUUGGCACCUGAGCGCGGGCUAGUCCAACGCUCAAAAAACCAGUGUAGGUGCGCUCUCCGAUAAAGCGCCUUUGUUACGCAUCUCGAUGACACAUUUUAGGUAUUCGACUCGCCGAACCGAAUUACGCAGGUUUUUAUGCAGGUGGUUGUGGCACGUGGCACGAGCGGUUUUACUUAACAAUAGACAAUAGGAUUAGCUCGGGCUCAGUUACAAAACUACGAACUAUAUCAUAUGUUUAGUCGUAGGUACUUACUGUUCUCAAAACGAACGCCACUGUAUGUAACAUCUUUUUGCUAUACGAUUAAUAUGCUUCAAAGGCCCAAUGCUUGAUUCCCUUUAGGAUGGACGCAAAUAUCGACACGUUCUUAUAUGUGUACACUCUGUAAUAGUGUCUUAGAAUACCAUGACACAAUACUAGGCUUACCGCGAACCACUUCGUCUAUUUGCCUUCAUUGCUCGAAUAUGUAGAGUAAGGGCUCUUUUAUACGAUGCGAGAACUCGCAUGCGAGUUUCAUACCAUUGCGGGUUUUGAUCGGCCGGUUGAAUUGGACGUAACCAACAGUCCGCAAUGUAACUAAAAUCGCAUGCGAGUUCGCGCGCCGUCUAAGGGCUGAUUUAGACAAUGCGAGAAGUCGCAUGCGAGUUUCAUACCAUUGCGGGUUUUGAUCGGUCGGAUAAAUUGGACGUAACUAACAGUCCGCAAUGUAACUAAAAUCGAAUGCGAGUUCGCGCGCCGUCUAAAUCAGGCCUUAAUCUAAAUCAGCCAUAAUAGAGAGGCAGAUAACAAAAUUUCGAUUUUCGCGGUAAGCCAUCACGAUAUCGUAGCGAAAUUAUCGUCCAUACCUUUUGACAUUUAUUUUUUUAGAUGAUUUAAAUAAAAUAUUUAGCUUAGAAUAUACAUUCUCUGAACUCUUAGACUAGACGUGGGAACACAUACUUCUUUUUAGUAUAGUAUCUAAUGUUGGGUCUAUUCUUAGUUUGUGCUAUAUUUUUUACGAUUUUUAUUUGUUACUUUACUGUAAUAAUGGAAUAUUUCAAUAGAUGUGUAAAGUUUUAUGGAAUGUAAUAGUUUGGCCAAAAAUAAAGCUUAUUUAUUCAA